AGUUGCUCAAUAAUAGACAAGGCAUAAUACCGGUGUGUUACACGAUCAUUCGUAGGAAUGAUGGUGUCAUGUGAUUAUUCAAGAUCAACACAGAUCCAGUAUAGUACAGUACUUGUGAAGAAAUAGCCAGCUAGUGCAGUGGUACAUGGUACAUGGUGAAAUGGCAGGACGUAACCCAUUUGGUGAUGAUAAUGAUGACGGUGGAUUUGGGAGUAGCAGUCAAAGGUCUUCAGGAUAUUCUAACAGUCGAGGGGACCAAGGUCCAGCUCAAGGCAACGAGCCACUUGACUACCAAACUCGAGAGCAGAUGGCAAUUCGACGAAUGGAAGAGUCAUCAGCUAAUUCCCUGAGGUCGUUGAAUGAGACAUAUAGAAUGGGGAUAGACACGACGCAGGAGUUGGAACUUCAAGCUGAGAAGCUCGAUAAUGUGGAGAGAAAACUAGAUGAAAUACACGUUGACCUAGACAAGUCCAAGAGAAACUUGAGGCUCAUUAAAUCACCGUUUGGAGGAAUCGCCAACUACUUCUCAAAACGAAAAGAGGGGAAAGAAGUCACUGACCCUAAAGACUAUAAACCACCUCCAAACCCUUCAAAUCCCACGAGAAGUAAACCCAAGACGAGUGCUGCAAAGAUGGACCAAUUGGAAAGCACUGGUAGUAAGGUUGUUGACGGUAACCUGGACGAAAUGAGUAAACAGCUCGACAGACUGAUGGGUGUGGGAGAGCUUAUCGGCGUACAAUUGGAUGAUUCUGAAAUUCAGGUUGACAGGUUAAAGUACAAGAUAGAUAGAGAUAGAGAUAAAAUGGAACACAUUAACAGGGACAUAAAGAAACGUAUCUAAGCGUUUUGCUAUAUGUAUGUAUGUAUGUUGGAUUGAGGUGUUAUUGUUGUUCGCAUUGUCGUAUUGAGUUGAUGUGUGAACAAUUUCAACUGAAAGUGAUCGAUAUUGCCACAACAAUGAA